CUUCAGCACCUCACCGCUGUCUCGGCAGGGUCGUCCCGGGUUCUGACAAAAGCGUUUCAUUCAUAAAUCACAAAAACAACCUGAGCACACUUUAGUGCCAUUUUGCUUGGUUAUUUUCUUGCUCUUUACUGAAAGCGCAAUGCCUCAGAGAGUCGCAAUCAAUUCCAACGCCGAGGCGAAAGUCACGGCUUGUACCUCCAGCGCGGUCCUACAGGGCCUGUGUUCGGAGCGAGCCGCCGUCUGGUUUGACUGCAGAGCUUACGAGAGGGCGGAAAGCCUCUUCUACAUGCGGCUACAAGAGCACCAAAAUGGGACCACGUCUUCCUCAAGCACCUCGCGUUCCCAGCGCAGCCUAGAAAAGGCUCCGACCAAGAAGUCUCCUCCGCCCCAAUCCAGUGACCACCCCUCGUUCUUUGGCGUUCUUACCCGAAAGCUCUUCGGCCCAUACCUUAUGCGACGAAGGCUACCGUUCGCAAACUCCGACUCCGCCCACUCCCGCGUCGGCGCCAAUCAACGGCCUGCCGUUUGUACCCGUUUUCCUUCAAGGGGUGUGGCUUCAGAAGUCUCUCUACGACCGAGCCGAAGCGACUUUCUACCAGAACGCGUACCUCGCGAACGAGCCGCAGUCCACCCCCGACGGAAAGCAAGCACGCCUCGCCAACAAGACCAAAUCCGAUAAGGCGAAAGAGAAGAAGCCUGGUGACAACGGGGUCAAGAAAGGAAGCGGCGCUUCGUGCCACUUUCUGCAUGCUGACAGCGAGCGGGUGUGGCUCGAGCGGAGUCGCUACGCAGAGGCGGAAACCCGUUUCUACGAAACCGUUCUGACCAAACCCUGCUGUAGCCCUUCAGCGAAGAUGAGCGCAGUGGAGUGUUUGACUCAAGAGAGGAUAUGGUUCGAAAAGCCUCGCUUCGACGAGGCCGAGCGAAAGUUCUACGAAAGGAUGAACGGCCCCACAAUCGCUCCUCAGGACUCGGGUGCUAACAGCAUUCUCCAGGACAUCGCACGAGCACGAGAGAACAUCCAGAAGUCUCUUGCUGGCUUGAAGACGACCUUGCAGCCAACUACAGGCUCAGCUCAUAAAUCCCAAACCCCUUCCCUCAGUUCAGCAGGAGGCGGUAGUGCUGAGCACGGGGAACUUCUCACACGCAUGACGAAGCUGGAACUGGAGAACCAGAGUCUACAAAAAAUGGUGGAGGAGUUGCGUUCUGCUGUAUCUCACCUGGAGAGUCGAGUCUCAGUCCUGGAAAAAAGCCCAGCGACCCCGGCAGCGGCGGUUAACGGGAUUGCGUCUAAGACCGCUCCUCCUGCGGAAGACGAGGACGAUGAUAUCGACCUUUUCGACAGCGACGAAGAGGUGGACGAAGAGGCGGAGCGUCUGAAGGAGCAGCGGCUGCAGGAGUACGCCGCCAAAAAGGCCAAAAAACCCGCACUCAUCGCCAAAUCGUCCAUCCUGCUGGACGUCAAGCCUUGGGACGACGAGACUGACAUGGCAAAAAUGGAGGAGUGUGUGAGGUCCGUCCAGGUCGAUGGGUUGCUCUGGGGGGCAUCCAAACUGGUCCCGGUUGGUUACGGUAUCAAGAAGCUGCAGAUCAACUGCGUGGUUGAGGACGACAAAGUGGGAACAGACCUUCUGGAGGAGGAGAUCACAAAGUUUGAAGACUACGUCCAAAGUGUGGAUGUAGCAGCUUUCAAUAAGAUUUAAAGCACUACCAUCGACACUACAAGUCCUGCUGCUGCUGCAAAAAACAAAAAAACACCGCAUUUGACAAUAAAGAGCCCUGACUUUA